UCCACCAACACGCCUUCCCAUGAGGAAGCUGAGUCUGGGUUCUCUGAGGUGGCCUCUUCUAUUUCUGGGGUUGAGGUCACUGAGAUGGUUAAAAAGCUCCUUGGUGGCCGAGCCCCAGGGGUGGAUGAGAUUUUCCCAAAGUUCCUAAAGCUUCUGGAUGUUGUGGCUCUGUCCUGGUUAACACACCUCUGCAACAUCGCAUGGACAUUGGGGCUAGUGCCUCUGGAUUGGCAGACUGGGGUGGUGGUCCCCUUUUUAAGAGAGGGGACCGGAGGGUGUAUUCCAACUAUAGGGGAUCACACUCCUCAGCCUCCCUGGUAAGGUCUAUUCAGGGAUGCUGGAAAGGAGGUCCAUCAGGAAAUUGAAUCUCAAAUUCAGGAGGAGCAAUGUGGUUUUUGCCCUGGCCAUUGAAGAGUGGACCACCUCUACACCCUCAGCAGGAUUCUCGAGGAUGCAAGGGAGUUCGACUAACCAGUCUACAUGUGUUUUGUGGACAUGGAGAUGGCAUUCGACCGUGUCCCCCGGGGAGUCUUGUGGGGUGCUCCUCAGGUCUAUGGGGUACCAAACCCCCUGAUACGGGCUGUUCGGUCCCGGUACAAACGGUGUCAGAGUUUGGUCCGCAUUGCUGGCAAUAAGUUGGACUUGUUUCCAGUGAGAGUUGGACACAGAUUUGUUCAUAAUCUUUAUGGACAGAAUCUCUAGGAGCAGCCGAGGCAUCGAGUGUGUCUGGUGUUGUGCCCCAAUCAUCGCAUCACUGCUAUCAGCAGAUGAUGUGGUUCUGUUGGCUUCAUCAAGCCGUGAUCUCCAACUCUCACUGGAGCGGUUCGCAGCAAGUGUGAAGCAACUGGGAUGAAAAUCAGCCCAUCCAAAUCUGAGACCAUGGUCCUCAGUCGGAAAAGGGUGGCAUGCUCUCUCCGUGUCGAGAUGAGAUCCUGCCCCAAGUGGAGAAUUCAAGUAGCUUGGGGUCCUGUUCACGAGUGAGGGAAAAAUGGAGCGGGAGAUCGACAGAUGGAUCAGUGCAGUGUCUGCAAUUAUGCGGACUUUGUAUCAGUCCGUUGUGGUAAAGAGGGAGCUAAGUCGAAAGGGGAAGCUCUCAAUUUACCAGUCGAUCUACGUUCCUACUCUCACCAUAACGAAUACCAUGUUGAAGCAUAAGGCUGUACAUGAAUUCACUUAACACCAGGACACCCUAGGUCGCAGUUCAAUGAUUGACUUUGUGGUCGUGUCAUCGGUCCUGCACCUGAAUAUCUGGACUCUCGGGUUAAUAGAGCGGUGGAGCGAUCAACUGAUCACCACUUGGUGCUGAGUUGGCUCCAAUGGCGGUGGAAGAGGCCAGUCUGACGUGGCAGGCCCAAACCUACUGUCAGGGUCUCCUGGGAACAUCUAGCAGAAUCCAUUGUCCAUUGACUGGAACUGUGGUCCUAAUGUGGUUAGUGCCUGUUUUGGCCCCUUAGUGGACAGCAAUUGUGAACGAUCAUGUCAAGGUGAAGUUGUUCUAUUGGGCAUUUUAGCAUGUGGGACUCCUGAAUGUCCAUGAGGAAGCAUAGUCUGGAGUCCUUAAGGUGGGCUCCCUUAUCUCUUGGGUUGAGUUCCUUCAGGCUCUGGAUGCUGUGGGGCUGUCUUGGUUGACACAAUUCUGCAACACUCCUCAAGGGGAUGACACUCCUCUGCCUUGGUGAACUUGGUGGAGGCAUUUGAACGUGCUCCUCUGCGAUUCCUGUGGGGAGUGCUUUGAGAGUAUGGGAUACCAGUACUAUGGGUUGCUUGGUCCCUGUCCGACCUUUGUAUCGAUUUAUUCCACAUUGCCGGCAGUAAAUCGGAAUUGUUUCCAAUAAGUGUAUCACGUCCCAUUGGAACCGGAGUAGGACCCAAAUGCAGAACUCGGACGAUGCAAGGUAAUUCAGGGAGAAACGUUUAUUAUUCCGAGGUUGGGGAUCGAGCAGGCAGUCAGGUGCAGCAGCGGUAGUUGGGACGUUGGGCGAAGAGAGCAGGUGAGCGGGAAGGCAGGAGUCGGUACACAGGAGAACGAUCAAAGCAGGCAGAAGUGUCAAAUGAGUCAGGCUUACGGGGUUGGUCGGAGAACAGGCGAAGGUCGGUACACACGGGUUGUCGAUCAGGGAUACGGGAGUGCUCGAACGGGACAUGAAGCUCAACGAACUGGCGCGGGCCAGUCAUUAUCGGGGUCAUAUAAAUAUACCGGAUAAUCAGCCCGCAUGAGGCGCAGGUGUGCACCUCCCAAUCAGCGCAACCGCACUGGCACCCGCACAGCCCGGGUUGGAGUGGCAGGAUCAUGACAGUACCCCCCCUCAAAGGCACGGCUCCCAGACGUGCCUAAACGAAGGAAACAGACAAUAAUUAACACAGGCAGGGAUGGGCGGAAGGGGGGUCCGGAGGAGGGCACGCCCCCCCCCCCGAACCCCAGUCUGGUGGCCAUCCAGGCCACCAAAUGCAAGGCGUCCGGGUGGACAGGUCAGGAGGACAACCCGGACGCCAAGCACCAGGGUCCCCACGGGGCGAUUCGGGAGGACGACCUCUGUGAGGAACCAAACGACGAAGCAGGAACCAGGCCGAGGCAGGCAACUGCUCCGGACGAGAACCUCCCACGCCGUGGUUGCGAGACGACCAGGGACUGGUCGCCACCGAGGCUUGGUCAGGAGGCAGCCGUGGAUUGGUCACCAACGAGGCCAGGUCCUGAAGCAGCUGGGAGCCCUCAGGAGCAAAGAGGAUGAUGGAGAGAAGGACCAGAGCCAUGACCGCCACCAUCACAGCCAUCCCGAAGUCUCUCCAGCUCCGGGGUGGCUCCACAGAACUCCCCAGCUCCUCCUGGACAGGAACGUGAGAAGGCGGCAACACCAUCGCCACCUCCUGGACAGCAACGUGAGAAGGCGGCGCCAGUGCCACCUCCUCCUGGACAGGAACGUGAGAAGGCGGCGCCAGUGCCACCUCCUCUUGGACAGGAACGUGAGAAGGAGGUGGCACCAUCGCCACCUCCUGGCCGGGAACAUAUGGACGUGCCCGUCGCCGUCAGAGCAGGAACAGGGGACGACCGCGGACCGGUCGCCGACAAAGCAAGAACGGGGAGCGACCGCGGACCGGUCGCCACUGGUACUCCAGGGCACAGACAAGAAGCGGCUGUGGAGACGUCGCCACCUCCUGGACAGCAACGUGAGGCAGCAUCAGAGCACCACAGAGAGAUUUUGGACCUCAACACGAGCUGUACAGAAGAGGGCUCAGCAAACAGCCAUGAGGGGAGCAUUUACUGAGAGUGAUGGAGGAAGAGAGGAUAGGGUCAAGUCUGACAGUUUGGGGGCAGUUUUGGAGAAAGUCCAUAAUCCAGGAGCAGAGCUGUGUGUGAAGACCAAGGUGAAGCAGUUUUCUAUUCAAAAUGUGUGGUUUCAUGGUAUUAAAUCCAGAGCCGUAAUCGACGAAGAGCAUCUGGACAUAUGAGUUCUUGUUUUCUAGGUGUUCCAGCACUGAGUGGAGAAUGAUGGUGAUCGCAUCCUCCACUGACCUCUUUUCCAUGUGGCCGAAUGGAAAGGGGUCUAAGAUCCGGGGUAAUCCAUUAUUUACAGUAUGUGCUUUAGUAUGAGGCUCCCAAGACAUUUUGUGAAAGUGGGGGUGAGAGCAAUAAGUUUGCAGUCAUUUAAACAAUUUACAGCAUACUUUUUUGGGAAUAGGCAUUAUGAUAUCUGAUUAGCGGCAGGGUAGGACAGCGGCUUGUAACAAAGAAAGAUUGAGGAUUUUUGUGAACACCAGGGCAAGCUCAAAAGCACGGGCUUUGAGUACCUUCCCAAGUACUCAAACUACGAGCUGUCUUCCUUUGAUUCACAGAUCUGAAUACUUGUCUCAUCUCAUACACCUGUACAGACUGUACCUGGAUGUGAGUGUCAGGAAGAGAUUUAUUUGGUGAUGUUCCCAUCUCUGAUGUUCUGGUCUUUUCCUCAAAGUGUGCAAAAAAUCAGUUUAGCUCAUCUGCCAGUGAUGCUUUGGUGUUGGAAAUGAUGGGUGACCUCCCCUUGAAAUUGAGUUGCUGCACUCCCUGCCUGUUGUUGGUGGUAGUAAUUUUCCUUUUGUAGGUGCGUUUGGCCUCUUUAAUCCCCCUUUUCGGGUCAGUGUCACGACCGGGGCUCGAGGGCGGACCCAAAUGCACGACUCCAGAGGCAAGCAGGUAGAGUACAGAAAGCCUUUAUUCGGUCCGUGGUCGAUGAUCAGCGAGUCAGUCUGGAAAAGCAGCAGUAUCAGAAGAGGGAGGCUUACUAGGAUGGUCAGGGAACAGGCCAGGGUCGGUACACGGUAGGUCAGGUAUACGGGAGUGCGGGAACGAGGCAUGGGAAUCAACGAUCUGGCAGAGGACUAGUUGUCCCACGUGUCCUAUAAGUACGGGGUGUAAUCAGCUGAAACAGGAUGCAGGUGUGUGCCGACUAAUUGGCUGGCCACGCCCAGCCUGGGCAGGAUGCCAGGAGCAUGACAGUCAGCUCUUGCGACUGCAUGAAAGACCCUGUCACCUGACUUGAAAGCGAUAUCAGAAUCUCUGAGAAGAUUCCAGGUGUGUCAGGUCAUCCGUGGUUGCUGAUAACGACAAACUUGGAUGUUUCUAUGAUUGUUCCAUAUUCUGUUCAACUUUAGAUACAGAAUAGCACCAUAUAUGUGAAUUCCUCAAGGCCAACAUGUUCAAAUAAAUCCCAACUUGUCUCAGCAAAACAUUUUUGCAAUUGAGGGAGACCAUCUCCAGUUCAGAUCUUAAUGUUUUUUUUUUUUUUUUUUUUUUUUUUCAUAAAACCCCAGUCCCCAAGAUUGAUGGAUGGGUCUAUAUAUUGAGAUUUUUUAAAUUGCUUAACUUUGCAUACUUUCCUGUGUCUCAUAUAUUAUAGGUGUCGGACAACUCACUGGAUUCUCAAAACAACGGGAUUUAUUGCAGCCAGCCGUCACAUCAAAACCAUGACGCCAUUAUGAAGUCCAGUGACUUGGGAGCUGAUUCAAAUGAAUAUUACAGCUGCUAGUGACAGGGCCUGAAGCAGUGGUGUGUUUUUUAAAGCCCAAAUGUCAUCCCUAUAAACAUUUUAAAAUAGAUGUUGUAAUGAAAAAUACAUAUAACAUGAUUCACUUCACUGUCUAUACGUCGUCCAAAAGUUGCAGAAGUGUUAUUCUACGAUAUCCAAGAGGUUGCCAUAUUGGCUGCAUCCUCCGUCUGUGACGUCACCCGGACAUUCGCCAAUGAAAACAUGGUGCACCCUAACUAUUGGAGACAAACGCACCCCUUCUGACAUGGAAGCUCUUUUCGAAAAGGAGAAGACCACACAAUCGAGUGAAGUUACCGGGGCAAUAUUAGACUAUUGUUUCGAGCCCUCAGGGCUAUAUUACACUAUUGUUUCGAGCCAUAUUCAGAUGAUAUACGAUCAUGGCCAAACCGCAUCCCCGUCUGAUCCAUUUCCGCGGCGGAGAUGAGCCAUCGCGGCUCUUCGCAGCCGGCCGGUUUGGCUUAUGACAGAGCCGAGCGAUGCUGCUGUAGGGGGUUGUUAAAGACGUCGCAGUACGCGAUGAACAACACAGUCGAGCCGGGGCACUUCACUGCGCGGAUGUGGCUGAGUGAGGCAUUCUCGGCUGGGUUCUUCAGAGCUGCCCCCGUCCGCAAAGCCCGUCGCCCAGCCUUCCCAGAAGCCGUGACCGCUGAACGCGGCGCCUCAGCUGGUGUGGCUGAUUUCCGGUGCCGUGGUGGCAUAUAAUGGAGCCGAGCCGUGCUGCUUUAGGGGGUUGUUCAUAGACACCGCAGUACGUGAUGAACAACACAGUCGAGCCGAGGCGCUUUACUGUAUGCACGUGGCUGAGUGCGGCAUUCUCGGCUGGGUUCUUCAGAGCCGCUGCCGUCCGCGAGCCUUAAGCGUAGCUAUCUCUGGCGAAGCGACACAGCAACCCGACGCCGUCCGACACGCACAUCGACAUAUUUCUUAUGCGGAUCUUUUGUUACGUUAUGAGAGACCGACAUGGUCCGCCCCAAACUAUUAUUUUUUUAGUAGCUGUAUACACACCUACCUGUUCUUUGGAACCCACGAAGCUCUCGUCCUCUGCACCCGUGCAAUCCAUUUUUAACGACGAACCGGGUCUGUUGCAAACUUAUGAAGGGUAAAUCCAUUCUCCCGAGCGUUCAAGCAAUGUCCAGCAAUGCAAUAAGCCGACAUUUUGGCUAACACGAAGGAACAAUGAGGUACCUUCCCGGAGGUAAAACUAAUAGAAACAAACGAGUCCACUUGGAGGCACCUUUGUCCUUUAUGUCACUUCCUGCUUCUUCUCGAAAACAAAUCCCUCAGGAGGAUUUUCAUGGCAGGAGUUACAAAAAGCUGUAUCCGUCAAACGUCAUCAUGUUUUAUGGUGAAAUAACGCAUGGGCCCAUAUUGUCUGCCGUUUUUUCAUGAAUAACAUACUAAAAAAUCAUACAUUUCAUGACAGUAGCCCUUUUAGUAUACAUAAAAAAUGUGUUUUGAAAAUACACAAGAAUGUUUGCAUGUGAAAGCUAGUCUGUUUUCCAUGAAUAUGAAUCAUUGUUGGUAAAAAAAAAAAAUCUUAUUUUGGAUUUGGAUUAUAUAAUUCCAUUUAUCCUUAUCUUUAAAGUGAUUGUAUGAUCAUGUAAUAGACUAUGUGAUAGUGAUUACUGUUACUCCUGUAUUAAACAUCAAAUACAUUGUGACCUUCGUGCCUUUAUAUAAUGUCAAUACAGUUACCUCAAAACAUUUUUCAUAUGGAUUAGGUCUUGGAUUACAUAGAGCGCACAUCAAUGAAAAACAAAUGAAAGAACAUUGAGCACAUUGAGAUUAAUGUAAGGGAAUACAAUUUAAAUUUGGAGAUGAUGGAGAUUACUUUUAAUUGUAAUAAUGCAGAAGUUAAUGGAUUUACUUUUUCAAUUCAUAUUGACAUAUAUUAGGAGGUCCAAAUCAAAUUAUUGUUCAAAAAGGUGGAUUGUGGGGCAAUUUGUAAUGGGAAAGUGGCUUGGGUGGGGAGGCUUGCUUUGUAUUUUUAAUUUACCUGUUUUACUUAUAACUAGUACUAUAAUGCUCCUAUUGUCAAACUCAAGGCUGAGGUGUCUCACGUACGCAGAUCGUCGGGGGGUGGGGUGGGGGGGGGGCUAUCCUGUGUCAAGCUGCCAGCAGGACAGGAGGAAAGAAAAACAACACACGCCAAAAUCCCCAAGGCCACCCCGCCUGACAAACUGCCAGCAGGACAGGAAGACAGAAAACAAAACUGGAUUCAAUUAAAUAAAAAUUCAAAGAGAAUUUGAAUUACGCAUGUUUAAAAAAAAACACAAAUUUAAACAUUCCCAACUUUGUUUCACUCACACACAAAAAAUCAAUUGUUUAAACUUUGGACAUCGCAGAUCAAUGGCUUAUUGUUCUACAAGAUUUCAUACUGUUUAAAGUCAAAUCCAGCAAACAAUUCUCACAGUUGCUCGGAAAUUGAAAGGAACACUGGACUAGGAGAAGAACACAAUAGGGUGAGUACAGUUCUGGGUCAUAGGAUAAUGGUAUCGUAUCACAAAAACUGGAAGUAUGAGUACAGUAAGGCAAAGAUCCGUCAAUAUUUAGGUGAAGGCUAUAGAAAUUGAGAGGCUCUAAAUGCAGUAAUUACUGCUGCUUGAAGAUAGGUGUGCUGCACAAGUGACCCUGAUUGCUCAGGAAACAGCGAGGGAGAGGUAGAGACAAGGCACCCAAUCUCAAAGAGAGGAACUGAACGACAGGGAUCAUGACAGAAAAAGGUAUUUUCAUUUCUUUCCUGGCCCCACUCAUAUAUUUUGUUCAAGUCAGCAUGGAAGGGGUCAUGUGUCAGUUUAAAAAGUAGGGAGGUUUUUUUUGUUUUUGUUUUUGUUUUUUCUUGUUUUGCGCUCAGGAGUACAAAAGGUAAGCAAAGCAAAGCAAAUUUAGAGCAUUUUAGGCACGGUGGAGCAGAUGGAAAGCAUUGGCCUCACAGUUCUGAGGUCCCGGGUUCAAUCCCGGACCCAACUGUGUGGAAUUUGCAUGUUCUCCCCGUGCCUGGGUGGGUUUUCGCCGGGCACUCCGGUUUCCUCCCACAUCCCAAAAACAUGCAACAUUAAUUGGACACUCUAAAUUGUCUCCAGACCUUAUCCCAGUUGAAACUUUGGAGGGAGCUGAAACUCCGUGUUUCUCAGCCACUCCCCAGAAACCCGUCCGAUCUAGAGAAGAUCUGUGUGGAGGAGUGGGCCAAAACCCCUCCUGCAGUGUGUGCAAACCUGGUGAACAACUACAGGAAACGUUUCACCUCGGGAAUUGAAAUCAAAGGCUACUUUACAAAAUAUUAAUAUUGUUUUUCUCAGUUAUUCAAAUACUUUUUUGCAGCUGUAUCACAUAAAUAAAUCGUUAAAAAAUCAUACCUUGUGAUUUCUGGAUUUUUCUUUUUAGAUUAUCUCUCACGGAGUGGACGUGCACCUAUGAUGAAAAUUUCCGACCCGUCCAUGAUUUCUAAGUGGGAGAACUUAUAUAGCAGGGUGUUGAAAUACUUUUUUUAUUAUCUGGUAAAGCGUUGGGUUCACAGUUCUGAGGUCCCAGGUUCAAUUCUGGACCCACCUGUGUGGAGUUUGCAUGUUCUCCCCGUGCCUCCGUGGGUUUUCUCUGGGCACUCCGGUUUGCUCCCACAUUCCAAAAACAUGCAACAUUGAUUGGACACUCUAAACAGCCCUGAGGUGUGAUUGUGAGUGCAGCUGUUUGUCUCCAUUUGCCCUUCGAUUGGCUGGCAACCAGUUCAGGGUGUACCCCCGCCUCCUGCCCGUUGACAGCCGGGAUAGGUUCCACCAGUUCCCCGCUACCCUCUUGAGGAUAAGCGGCAAAAGAAAAGGCAUGUGUAUAUAUAUAUAUAUAUAUAUAUAUAUAUA